CCGGAUAACGGAAAUGCUAAAAACAUACAAACCACCAUCACUACUACUACUACUACAACUACAGCAAGAACAACUGCUUCUUCUACUUCGUCUAUUUCUACCGUUAAUAAAACCAAACUCAAAACCAACACCAACCAACGCCGUAAACUUAUUAAAACAAGUGCUAAGAAUAGAAUUGUUAUAACUGUGCCGCCCACCAACACAACUAAACUAGAGGGCGAAAAGGUGAUAUUUUCAUGUGAAGCUAAGGCUAUGCCUGGUAAUGUCACCGUACGAUGGUUUCGUGAGGGGUCACCUGUUAGAGAGGUGGCCUCAUUGGAGACACGCAUUACAAUACGCAAAGAUGGCUCGCUAAUUAUCAAUCCAGUCAGCGCCGAUGAUUCGGGCCAAUAUCUAUGCGAAGUAACAAAUGGUAUUGGUGAUCCCCAGAGUGCAUCGGCUUAUUUGAAUGUUGAGUAUCCUGCCAAAGUGACCUUUACACCAACUGUACAAUAUCUACCAUUCCGUUUAGCCGGUGUUGUCCAGUGUUAUAUUAAAUCAAAUCCUCAAUUACAGUAUGUCACCUGGACCAAAGACAAACGUCUAUUAGAACCUUAUCAAAUGAAAGAUAUUGUUGUUAUGGCCAAUGGUUCUCUGCUAUUUACACGCGUCAAUGAAGAUCAUCAGGGACGCUACACUUGUACCCCCUACAAUGCAUUGGGCACACAGGGAUCUUCGGGUCCCAUGGAGGUUUUGGUACGUAAACCUCCCACAUUUACCGUUGAACCGGAAUCGCUGUAUCAGCGUAAGGUUGGCGAUAGUGUGGAAAUGCAUUGUGACGCCGUCGAGGCGGAGGGCACACAGAAACCAACCAUAAAAUGGCAAAGACAGGACGGUGGCGCCCUGUCGGAUACUCAACGUAAUCGUGUGAAAAUCUCUGGAGGUAAUAUUACCAUUGAAAAUCUACGCGGCGAAGAUUUCGGCUAUUAUCAAUGUGUUGUCUCUAAUGAAGUGGCCACUCUAAUGUCCCAAACUCAACUAGUUAUUGAAGGUACGCAACCGCAUGCACCCUACAACAUCACCGGCAAAGCAACCGAAUCAUCAAUAACACUCCAAUGGAUGCCGGGCUAUAGUGGCGGUUCGGAAUAUAAGCAAGAUUAUACGAUUUGGUAUCGUGAGGCUGGCGUUAAUGAUUGGCAAACAAUAUCGGUUACACCUUCGGGUAGUACACAAGUGACGAUCAAUGGCUUAGCAUCGGGUACUACCUAUGAAUUUCAGGUAGUUGGUCGUAAUGUGCUCGGUGAUGGUAUGAUGAGUAAAGUGAUGACUGUGCGAACGCUUGAAGAUGUUCCGGCUCCGCCACGUAAUGUCAAGGCUGCAACACAACCGCCAGAUCAUGUAUUUCAACUAAUGCCAGAUGAAGCUGGACCCAAGCCAGGACCACCACGUAAUCUAACCGUAACCGAGGUAUCAAAUGGUUUUCUUAUCUCUUGGCAAGCACCAUUGGAACGUGCCCAUAUCGUUAAAUUUUAUACAAUAAAAUAUCGUACAGAUGCUCAAUGGAAGACAUUAAAUCGCGGUCAAAUACGACCCGAAGAAACACAAUAUUUAGUUAAGAAUUUAGUUGGUGGUCGUACGUAUUAUUUUCGCGUUUUAGCCAAUUCGGAAAAAUCUUAUGAAUCCAGUGAUGAAGUUAAAUUUCCGGUACCGGCUCGAGUCAAACAUAAAGCAAUAACAGCCGGUGUCGUUGGGGGCAUCCUGUUUUUUAUAGUUGCGAUCAUUUUAUCGGUUUGUGCCGUAAAAAUUUGCAAUAAACGUAAACGACGAAAACAGGAAAAAGAGUUCAACAUGGUAGCUUGCAGGAUAACGGAUGCCCGUAAUAUAGCAGCAAAUAAUCACCAUCAUCAUCAGCAGCCGCCGCCGCACCAGCAGCAGUUGCCGCUACAUCAUCAAACACCACAGCAACAACAUUUACAACAGCAACAUCAUCAGCAAAAUCAACAUAUACAACAACAGCAUCAACAUCAUUUACAACAAAUGCAUAAUCGUAAUACGGGCUCGAUUUCCGCUAGUCAAGUGCCUUUAAAAAAAUAUAAACAAACCCGAAUAUCAAGUUUAACAACAAUACUCAUUGCUAUACUACACUGGAUAUGGCCACCGGAUCGUUGCACCAAUUGUCACUCUAUCUAUAGUUCACCACAAAUGGAUGAAGGAGAUGGUCAGAAGACUGUAACGGAGAUACAACGUUCUCGUGAUGGUCGUUUUGUGGUCGCUGGAAAAACGAAUGCCUUAACGAAUGGUGAUAUACUAGCAGAUGAGGGCAUCGAUGAGGUAGAUGGUGUGCCCGGUACACGUAAUAGUAGUGCUUCGCAGAAAUCAUCUUCAGAUGAUGGUGGCUUUCUAUCACGUCGUAAUUUUAUAACAGCUCGAGCUUCAUGGCGUCGUCCAUUGGUACAAUCGCCCAGUCAAUUGAGUCUACAAUCGGUGGCAGCUGGUUCAGCUAGAGGAUUUCUACAGGGUUUGGGUGGUUUGCUUAAAAUUGGCGGCACUCUGGGUGGUGAAAAUGUUGGCAGUAACAUCAACAGUGGCGCCAGAUAUCAAAAUGUCUAUGGUAGCAAUUUGUAUCGUAAUCUUCACCAUCACCAUCAUUUGGGUAGACAACACCAGCAGGCUCAACCUGCUAGCAGACCUUUGCAUAUAAAUACGAUUAGUGGUGCGACUGCAGGACAUCAUAUGCAUCAAGUAUUUUCUCCUUCGAAGGUGUCGCGUAUAUUUUCCAGUUCCCCCGCCAGUACACCAAAUGAUCAAAAUUUGCCAGAAGCUGGCCUUUUAACAUCACCCUGGGCUUUAACUACACCCAAUCAUACCAACACUUUCUCGUACAAUCAUUUUAGUGACUUAAGUACCGUGUAUCCUGGUUCAGCUGAAAGAUCGGUGCCUACAUUAACUCCUACAGCCAGUGGAAAUUUGAGUAGAUAUCGUUAUUAUUCACAUGAGUUGCCUUCGCUGAGAACCAUACAGGAGGAGACUAGACGUUUGAAUUAUGAACAGCAACAACAGCAGCAGCAACAACAACAUUAUAGACAAGACUUUUUGCCUUUGCAGUUGGAUUCACCACCCUCCUGGCGGAGUUACUACCAGCACAGUCAGGCUCCUUAUUAUCACAGCUAUAGACCGCGUACCCGUUGGUAUCCCAGACAUUAUUCACGUUUAUUCGGUAGACCACAAUCCGAUCUAAUGUCUCCUUUACCUCAUCUCAAUCUUUCAAUGAGAACUACCAGCAAUCAUUUAUUAGGUUUAGAUGCCUCACCAGAAUCAAGAUCUAGUUCUUCAGGUUUUGGUUCCAAAAAUACCUCUAAUCAUCCACAAGGAUCUCAUCAUUCUGGCAGUACUAGUGAAUGGCGUUUAUUGCCACCCUAUAGACCACCACCUCCUCCACCAGCAACAACAAAUAAUACAGCUUACUUUGGUUCCGCAACUACUACAGCUAACCAACAACCUCAACAGGCCCAGGGACAAGCUCCAGUAACGCAAAAUCAUCAACAGCAGCAUCGUUCACAGUUUAAUACAUUGCCUAGCAGCUAUGAACCCUACUCACCUUCCAACUAUUUCAGUUCCAGUACCCAAAGAACCCUUACACCACCCUAUACCAUGGAGCAUUGGCUGGAUAUGAUAACACGCCUCAAUGCGGCUACUGAUAAUGUCAAUCUACCCAAAUCAGUAGAUGUAGGCAGUGUAGAUGGUCAUUAUGAAUUCGAUCCAUCCACACCGACUCCCAGUGCCUCAACACCAACCGGAGGUCUACUACGCGAAGAUCUCAAUUUACAUAUAGACACCACUGGUCAUCAUUUGCACCAUCACCACCAUCACCUAGCCCAACAACACAACCAUCUCCAUCAUCAGCAGCACAAUUCUCACAAUGGUCAACACUAUCAUCACAAUCAUAGUCACAAUCAUCAACAUGGUCAGCAUCACACUUUAGGCCCCUUAAGUUCUUCAUCAUCCCUAUUUCAUACACAAACUUCUGCAACAUUUCCCAAUAUUUCCGGUUCCGCUACUCUUGGUGGUGCCGGCAUGCGCAAAUCUCGUGUACCAGGUCGUUACGACAAUAUCGAGGCUCGUUUGCAGGCCAUGAAGGAGGAAUUCUAUGAGUAUCGCAAACGACAAGCAAUGCAAAGAGCAGGCGUUUCAGAGCUGGAAAGUGUUUGCUGACAUUGAAGUUGUUAAAGGUUUUCAAUUAAUUGAGAAAAGCCUCAGAGGCAUUGCUUUAGGUUUAAGAACAAAAGAAAAAAGUAAAAGUAAAUUGAAUGUGAAGUGUAAGUGUAAAGUUCAAAGAUGCUAAAAUGACUGAAAACGUUUGUUUUAAAGGAAUUAAUUGUAGACUUAUGGCCUGAUUAAGACAAGCAUUUAUGUUAAUUUGGGUUUGUUUUUGUUUUUUUUUUUUUCAAGUAUUUCUAAGGUAUUGUGUUUCUAACUAAUUGUGAAUUUAUGCUAAAUGUUUCAAAUUUGAAAUAAAAUCCAAAAACGAGUUUUAAUAUGAAGUUUUGCAGUAAUGCACUAGUAAUUUUUGUAAAGUUUAGCUAAAAGCAAAGAAAUUUUAACAGAUUGUUGAACUUUUAGACCUGAAAAUGAAUGUUUUAAAAGUUUUUAAGAAUUUCUCACAUCACAAAAUAUAUUUCAUACAUUCCAUCAAUCUAAAACAAUCAAAAUUUAACAUCAUUCAAAGAAAAAAAACCUCAAUAAAUAAAUUAACAAAAAACCAAAUAAAAAACAACUUUAAAGAGCACUGAUUUUUCAAUUAUUAAAAUAAAAAAAAACAUCAACUUAUAAAAAAACAAGCAUGCAAUACACUCAAGAAAAUAAUGUUAGUUGUAAUGUAAAAAAACAUGGAAAUUAAAUAAAUAAAAAAAACUCUUCCACGAAUUAUUUCUUUAGUAAAGAAACCCACAAAAUAUAUUAAACAAAACAUUAACGAAAACUUAGCGAUUUCAAAUUAAAACCACAAAACAAAAAACGCGUAAAUAUUUAGGAAAAAAAACAAAUAAAUAUUAAAAAUUAACAAACAAAAAACACAAUUAGUAGAUUUAACACAAUUUAGUAAAAAGAAAAUGAAAACAAAAAAAUAACCAAAAAAAACCCUUUAAAUAUAAUAAAAACCAUUGUAAAAUAUUUACUAAAACCAACAGAAGAAAAAAACAACAACAACAACUUAAAUUCAUUAUAACAGACGUACAGUUUUUUAGUUAACACAACAAAAACAAUUUAUUUAAACAAAAAAUCUUAGUUAAACAAAUAAAAUAUUAAAACUAAAAACCUUAUAAGUUUAGUUUUAGGUUAAACGAAAAAAAAAUAAUUAAAAAUUUAACAAAACUUGUAAAUAUAAUUUAUAAUAAUUUUAAAAAAAAUAAAACUGCAAACAAUAGCAAUUAUUAAACAUA